AUGGAUUCCGAGAAAGUCGCGAUAGAGCACGUCGACGGAGAGGAUAAGAUCGCUAAAUCUACGACAUCGGACGUGUCAAAGUCGAAAGAGGAUGUGGUUGUUGCUGCUCUUCCUGUCGUCGAUCCUGAGGCGGAGAGGAAGCUCCUUCGCAAAAUCGAUUUAGCCCUCCUGCCAAUGUUCACACUGAUCUAUUGCUUGAACUUCAUCGACAGAACAGCCAUAGGGAACGCCCGCAUUGCAGGUCUCGAAAGAGAACUCGGGAUGCAAGGCUAUGACCUCAACAUAGCCCUGACCACCUUCUACGUUUUCUAUAUUCUCUCCGAAGUUCCUUCCAACCUCGCCCUGAAGCACUGGGGGUCAAUCUGGAUAGCCUUUCUCGUUAUCGGCUUUGGGGUUGUCGCAAUUGGCUCCGCGUUCAUGAAGACCUACCAGGAGCUCCUCGUGACGCGGGUAUUUUUAGGCAUCACAGAAGGAGGGACGCUGUCAGGUCUCGUAUACUUGCUCGCAAGGUUUUACCGGAGACACGAGCUUAUAAUGCGAAUGGGUAUCUUCCAUGGACUGUCGCCGUGUCUCGCUGGAGCCUUCGGCGGGCUACUUGCAUCAGGACUGCUCAGCAUCCCGGAUUUCGGGAUUGUGACAACAUGGAGGAAGAUAUUCCUCAUCGAAGGCGUCCUAACCACCGUGGUCGGGCUGUUGCUUCUCUUCUUCAUCCCCGGAGACCCGACUACAACACGGCUGUUCAACGAAGAAGAGCGGGCUAUGGUCAUCGCCCGGCUCGACGCCGACCAGACAGUGAAAAUGGGCGGCAAGAAAGAACGGACCUCGCUAAGGCUCAUUAUUCAAUCCUGCAACCUUCAUACGAUCGUGUGUUCUCUAGCGUUCAUGCUGGCCAACAUCUCCUUCCAAGGCUUGAGCCUGUUCUUGCCCACAGUCGUCAACACUCUCGGACACUUCACCACUGUCGAAGUCCAACUCCGAAGCGUACCGCCAUACCUUCUAGGCGCUCUAUGGGCCGUUGGCACCGCCUGGGUGAGCUUCCGCAUGCGCCAGCGGUGGCUCCCCGUCCUCUGGUCUGUCGCGCCGAUGAUAGUCGGGUACUCAAUCGCAGUUGGCACCAAGAAUCCCGCUGCACGGUAUAUUGCAUGUUUCUUAAACGUCGGCUGUGGCGCUCCUGUCGGUCCACUGCUCCUGACCUGGACGACGGAUAAUUCGGCCCCCGACACAAUGAGAGCCGUGACGACUGCUCUCGUCCCAGGCAUCGGGCAGAUAGGGUCGAUCAUUGCGGUCUGGACGUACGUCCCCAAGGACGCCCCGAACUAUUACAGAGGCAACUCUCUCAAUGUCGCGGCGGCGUGUACCAAUUUCUUUUCUAUUACGCUCCUAGGUUUUUACCUCAUCCGGGAGAACAAACUACGUGAUCAGGGCAAGCGCGACCAUCGCAUAGUGGGAAAGACGGCGGAACAGCAGCACAAUCUUGGGUACUUGCAUCCUGAAUUCCGUUACCAGCUGUAG